GAGGCGUCGUGUGCCCCGCCUCUGCAUGAGAAGCGGGAUGAAUCCUCUGCGUUUGACUGACGGUCCCCCAUCAGCUCCUGGCGUCCAAUCAGAAAUCAGAUCCAGGGUCCGUCCCUGACUCCCAGCGUCACACUGAAAUGGUUUUCAGGUCUCCGCUUGAUUUUCUAUCGGCCUCCCGGCUCCUCCUGCCCCACUUUGCGGACGGGCCGCCUCACCUGCCCCGCUCCCGGUCCCCAGAGGAGCCCCCGGCGGCCGCCCCUCCUCUGGCCCUCCCGGGACUCUGCUUCUCCGCCACGCAGAUCGCCAGCGUGUGCGAGACCCUGGAGGAGACCGGGGACAUCGAGCGGCUGGCCCGCUUCCUCUGGUCGCUGCCGGUCACCGCCGACGGCCGCGACUCCAUCUCCGAGCACGAGUCCGUGCGGCGGGCGCGCGCCGUGGUCGCCUUCCACACGGGGAGCUUCCGCGAGCUGUACCGCAUCCUGGAGACGCACCGCUUUACGCGCACCUCGCACGGGAAGCUGCAGGCCAUGUGGCUGGAGGCUCACUACCGCGAGGCGGAGAAGCUGCGGGGCCGACCGCUGGGGCCCGUCGACAAGUACCGAGUCAGGAAGAAGUUCCCGUUACCGAGGACCAUCUGGGACGGAGAGCAGAAGACGCACUGCUUCAAGGAGCGCACCCGCGGGCUGCUGAGAGAGUGGUACCUGCAGGACCCGUACCCGAACCCGGGGAAGAAACGGGAGCUGGCUCACGCCACCGGACUGACACCGACCCAGGUUGGGAACUGGUUUAAAAACAGGAGACAGAGGGACCGCGCGGCGGCGGCUAAAAACAGGUUGCAGCGUCACCGCGUCUGCACAGACGGUUCCCGUCCACCGAGCGGAGGGGACUGCAGUCCAGACGGCAGCGCGGGGCGGGCAGACGGAGAAACUUUCCUCUCAGUGACGGACAGUGACUCAGACUUGGAUGUCUGAAACCUUUGGUCAAUAUAUAUACAUAUAUAUUUUUAAAGGGACCUUUAGUGGACUGUGAGUGUGUGUGUCGAAGGGUGACAGAAAGAGAAGGAGCUACAGGGUCUUGCAAAGGUAUUCAUGCCUCUUAAACAUUUCACAUUUGGCCAUGUUGAAAACAUAAACUAAUAUAAAUUUUAUUGAGAUUUUACCUCCGCAGUGUUGAUUUUUCUCUAUUUUUACCUUCAUCUAUCUUCUCAUCAACUCUGACCAGCAUCCUUACAUGGAGCGCAUCCCACAGCAUGAUGCUGCCUCUUAUCUUCACACAAGAGGACAGACAGUAUUUUCAAGAUGAUUUGUAAUGUUAGCUUUAAGCUGAAUUGCAAGCCAUUUAAAAAUGUCAAAUACACUUGGAGUGAAACACAUUAAAGGUUCGUGGUUGUAUUUUGGGGGGGAUCUGAAUACUUGUAGCAUUACGAUAACUUUAUGCCAGCCUGACCCGUAAAAGAACAUGUUUCUGCUUCCCCUGUUUUCCUGCUGAUAUUCUUUCCAGAAAGAUCUCAUGACCUUUGACCACUUUCUGUUCCAACCACAUUCAGUGAUAAUGGGUUCAUCUGACAAUCCAAAUUAGAGCAGCACUGAGCAGAAACCCCCUGCUGGUCUCCGUCUGCAGCAGCUGGAACUUUUUGGACUGAAACCUGCUGGGGAGCUAGAACCUCAUUCGUUGUAUUUUCAGUUUUUUUUUUAGUUUUUAGAAUAACUAAAUCCUACCUCCCUGUUUGCGUUUUUAGUCAUAAUGCUGGUUUUCCUCUUAGCCUUUACCUCAGCGCUAUUUCAAGUUCUGUGCGCAGUUUGUGUGAAGCCAUGCCACGGCCUACUCCAUGUUCAAUUUGAUGCUGACAAAACGUUUGUAGUAUUUUAUAUUAAAAUUAUUUAAUUUUA